GAGUCUGUGACUUCCAGGGCAGUCUGUGCGGGUGGACCAACGUUGAGGCAGGCGACCAAGCCGAUUGGCUACGCGGGCGAGGGAGCUCCCCUCUUCCCAGCACGGGGCCCCGCGUGGACCACACCAUGGGCUCCAGCCAAGGCUACUACGUGUAUGUGGACAGCGCGGUGGGACAGAAGGGUGACAAGGCCAUGUUGUACAGCGAGGUCUUCCAAUCAACCCAGGGAGACGGCUGCUUGAGCUUCUGGUACCACAGGCAUGGUCAGAACAUCGGCAACCUCAGCCUCUACAGCAGCACCAGGUGAGGACUGCUGGCUGGCUUUGGGUCCUCACAGCACUCUCGACAAACCCAGGAUCCCCUUUGGCGAUGACGAGAAGGACCUGCUGCUGUGGACAGAGGCCACCAGCCAAGGGGACACCUGGAUAGAGGCCACUGUGGCGGUCAACAACAUGGAGCCAUUUUGGUUUGUUUUUGUAUACGAGAGAGGGGAGGGCGGGCCAGGACACCUGGCUCUGGAUGACAUCCAGCUCAUCAAAGGAAGAUGCUCCAGCAUCAAUUCCUCCCUGUCUUCUCCAGCUGCAGUUUACGUCGGCGUGGGUUUGGGUCUCGUGCUUUCUGUUGCACUAGGGGUCAUCGCUAGCGUGGUCUUACUGCAGAGGAGUUUGUCCACCAUGAUACCCAGUGUGGGAGACCGUGACGUGGACAACAUCAUCUUCCACAUGCAUGACUGCAAACUAGAUGAACUGGAGACCACAGGUUCCUCUGAGAAGCUGACAAAUACAUCCCCCGCUGUUGACAUGGACACCGAACCAUCGUCAUCGGAAGCCUAGCAGGAAAAACCGAUCAACACUGAUGACUUUUUUAAAGCUAGAUAAAAGUCUGCUGAUAUGAAUGGGACCCUCCAAGCAUGACCUCGGAUAUCUAGCGGAAAGAUUUCCAAGUCAAAGCAUUUUUUCUAGCAAGAUCCCUUUAUCCAAAUCUUUUUCAAAAUUUACCGGGUAUUUCAGCGUUUCAUCCUAGUUUGUUUUUGAUGAGUUUCAGCCAGUGAGGGUUUACAAUUGUUUCACGUAAUGAAAUAUUCCUGAAAGCCUCUGUACCAGCAGGUGCAAUGCCAGAUAUAGGGGGGUGGGUGAUAAAACCAUACAUUGUACAUGUUUUGUCCACAUUCACUUCAGCAUUUGAUAGGUUUGUCAUUUCUCACUGCAAUUUGUGAAAGUAUGGAGUCUGGUCACAGUCAGACACUGGUACGGAGAUCAGUGAUGGAUGAACGUGUUGGAUGUAAUGAGAAGUUCCACAAUGUGGUCGACAUGUCAAGGCCCUCCAUACAUGUAAUAUGAACUAUGAGCAAUAAAAUAAAGGGAAUUACUUUUUAUUGUGCUAA